CUGUAUCUCCUUGUGUUUUGGUAUUUUCAUAAUAAAAUAAAUUACAUUACAAUCAUAAAAAUAAAUUGUAUAAAUGCCUGUAGAGAUUAUGCGGCUCCAUAUAGUAGGUGGAAAUAAAUAAAUUGAUAAUGGUAUUUUAACAGAUACUUCACACAUAUGCAAUGGAAGUUACUACAAGAGAGACAACUAUGGAAGUUACAGCAUCAAAAGAUAGUGAAAAUAAUCAAAAUCAAAAUACAUUGGAUUGCGGAGUAAUUUCUUGCCCACAACGCGAGAAUCAAAACUGGGUGACACCAUAUACAAAAUCAACAAAAUUAGAUCACAAUAUUAUGUCUUUUGACAUGCCAGAUGAUAGUCAUUGUAGCGAUACUAUGGAUGGAGAAAAUGUAAUUGACAAAGAUGCUUUACAUAAUGGUUCAUAUCAGGGAACUCCAGAACAUAACAUAGAUAUGAAUACUACUUCUGACGACUUACGACAAUUUGAUGUGCUAGAUGAUCUAGAUCGUCAUCCAGAACAGAAUGAUGGUUCUGAUAGUGACUCAGAUACAGAUGAAAGUAUGGAUUCUGAUGUGCCGGAUGAAGAAAUUGAAGCAAUGCUAGAAGAAGGUCUACCCGAGGAAUUUAAAGGAAAAAGGAGAGACAAAAAAGAUAGCUUACCCUAUGAAGAAAAGGAAAAACUUGUUUUAGAUGAAAUUGGACAUAAUCAUUUUGAUGUUCUCCCUGAGGGUUGGGUACAAGUAACGCAUAAUAGCGGGAUGCCAUUAUAUCUUCAUAAACAAAGCAGAGUUUGUACUCUAGCAAAGCCGUAUUUUCUCGGUCCGGGAAGCGUCAGGAAGCACGAAGUUCCUGUAAGUGCCAUACCUUGUCUUCAGUAUAAAAGAGCGUUAAUAGAAGAGGAAGAGGAGCAAAAGAAGGAAAUGGAACGUGCACCAAACGCUGAAACUUGCAGUCUUCCCAGCGCAAAAAUUGAAACCAUACAAGAAAAUCGAGCGGCUCAUUCGUUAGAUAGCGAGCAAUUGAGGAAUUAUUGCCAAUCUUUGUUUCGUUUCAAAUCUAUUAAAGUAAUGAGGUUUCAAUCUUGGUCAGCGCGUCGGAAAUUUACGAAAAAUAAAAAACAUCGUAAGCAACUUGAGCGUCCAACUUUACCAGAUGGUACAAAAUUAAUAACUUUCCCUGUCAGUAGUUCCAGUGCAGUUAGCAGUGGGAAUACUGCUGGUGAUGAUAAUGGACAGAGACCUGCAAAACAUUGGAUAAUGAAUCCAUCUGGCAAAAGUUACGUGUGUAUUCUUCACGAAUACGUGCAACACGCGCUAAAAAAACAACCGACAUAUAAAUUUAAAGAAUUAGAAAACGCAGCGACACCGUAUUCCGCGGUAGUUUGUAUUAAUGACAUGGAAUAUGGAAGCGGAUUCGGUAGCAGUAAAAAGCAAGCAAAGGCAAAUGCAGCUCGAAAGACACUUGAAAUCUUAAUUCCUCAAAUGAAGGAUAAAAUAUCCGGCGAUAAUGGUGGAGAUAACGGAUCGAAUAACGCUAGUCGUACGAUAAAAGCAUCUAGAGGGAAUUCCGACGCAGAUCUCUCGUUCUUUGAUGAAAUAUCUAUCACAGACCCGCGUGUCGCGGAAUUUUGUGCGAAAACCACAGAGCCUUCACCACAUGCUAUCUUGAUAACUUGCUUGCAAAGAAACUAUGGUUUGGGAGAUAUGCAUAUUAAUUAUUCAGUAAAUACAUUGAAGCAUCAACGAAAUGAAUUUACAAUGACAGUUGGAAAACAUGAAGCUACUGUUGUUUGCCGUAAUAAGAAAGAUGGUAAACAGCGAGCGGCACAAGCGAUACUGCAGCUUAUACAUCCGCAUAUACAAUCUUGGGGUUCCUUGUUGCGUCUUUAUGGAUCGCGAAGUGUAAAAUCCUUCAAGGAAAAAAAACAAUUGGAACAAGAAAUAACCCUUUUGCAAGGCAAAGCCGCCGUUAAUCAGCCAAAUCAUGCUAUUUUAGAUAAACUUAGACAAGAAAUGAAAAAGUUAGCCGAACAACGCGAAGCGAUACAACCUAUUGGUAAGUUUGUACCACCAGAUUUACCAACAGGAUCUGCAGCUAAUUUAAAUAAUGUAGAUUUAUAAAAAAAUUAUUUUCCAUAGAGAGAUUUGUGUAGAACAAUAUUAGUAAAAAAAAAUAUAUGAAAGAGAUGUAAGAUAUGUGUAUAAUACUUUUUAGAAAUUAUAUACAUAUAUGUAUAUUUGCCUACGCUAUUAUAAUUUUUAUAUAUAUAUAAAUAUCUUUACACUAUCUUUAUACAAUAAUCUCAUAUAGCUUUCAAAUAUUUCUUUAAGUUGCUGAAAUAUUAAAUGUAUGUAUCAAAAUUGAGAUAUAAGAAUAUGAUAAAUACCGUAUAAUGUUUGAUGUUGUUCAUUUCUUUGUUAAAAAUGAAAUGUACCAAUAUCUAAAAAGUCUUUAUCUGUAUUCGCAGUAAGUAUUAAGGCAUUUUAUAUGGUGCCUAGUGUACAAUGUUGAUAAAAAACUAUUUCAAUAAAUAAGUUCAAAAUAAUUCGAAUAAUUUCGAUUUUCAUGUAAUCUUGUUUAGAAAAUGAACAUAUAGAACAAAACACACUAUUUAGUUAAAAAAAAAUCAAUUUUAAUACAUAGAUUUAGAGAUUAAUUUUAUUUAUAUUAAUAAAUAAUAUAUAAAUUUUAAUAAUAGAUAAAUUUUAUAUUAAACACAUACAUUUUAUCUUAAUUUGACUACAAUAGAGUCUGAAUAACUAUUGAAUAAUUCAUGAUUUACUUAUUAUAAUUAUAUUCAUAUAUGACGCAACACUUAUGUGUGACUAUGAUACUGCCUAUGUGAGCAUCAGUCUGAGUUUUGACCAUGGAAAUUUUAUUGUAAAUACUAAAUCAUUUUUAAGUAUUAAUUUACGACAUUUAAAAUAAUAUAGUAUGUAAAAAAAUCGUUUAAUAAUUUGUAUUCAUAUCUGUCAAUGUGUGUAUAAAUUUUAAUAUAUAUAUGUGCAUAAUCAGAAUUGUACAUGAGAAGAUUGAAACAUGUAACACACAUUUAAAUCAAACUUUAAUCUCGAGCUAGGAUAUUCUAUAUGAACAGAUUAUUAUAGUUAUGAGAUUGUAAUACAUUUUCUCAUUUCCAGAAAGAUACUAUUUAUUUUUUUUACAAUUUACUAGGUUUUUAACCUAUUUACUUAUAGUAUCAUGGACAACAUUGUAUACAACUUGUCACAUUCAUAUUAUUGUUUUAUAUUUCUGAUCUUAUAUCUAAGAAUCUAAAAUUAUUGAUUAUAGUAUAACUAUAUCGAGAACUAUAUUAGGAAAAGGGAUAAAUCUAUCUGUUAUUAUGUUGUAUUUGUGUUGUAUAAAGAUUUUAAACAAUUUUAAAUUAUCCCAUUAGGGUCAAUAAAAACUUGUUUAGCCAUUGAAGCAACAAAUAUAUUUAUACAAAUAUCUUAAUAUUAUUUAAUCUCGUUCCAAAAACUGAUGUUUUUACUCUGCAAAAAGUUUUAUUUUCUGUCUUGGCUAUUUUACUAGUAUAAAAAUCUAAAAAAUGUUUAGAGAUUAAUAUAUAUACGAAUAUAUAAUGAAUCUCUCUCUUUCUCGCUGUGAGUACAACAUUAAAAUAAAUUAAUAUGGAUUCAAUCUAUAUUUAAAAGAUAUACUCAUAAAACACUUUCAAAAGUAUAUGUCCGAUAUAAAGUG